GUGGGCGGGGCCGAGAUUCAAAUACCCUCUGCGCCCAACAGCCAUUCCGAAGAACAGUUCUCAGGCAGCGAGUCAUCAUGGCAGCGUUGUUUAGGCGAAGCUGCGUGGUCCUGAGAAAUCGUUCUUGUUUUGACUGGCGAUCACAACAUACAAAAGCUGCCGUACAACAUGAACGAAAAUUGGGAUUUAGUUUUGAGUUGACUGAACAGCAGAAAGAAUUUCAGGCUACUGCUCGUAAAUUUGCCAAGGAGGAAAUAAUCCCAGUUGCUGCAGAAUAUGAUAAAACUGGCGAGUACCCUGUCCCCCUAAUUAAAAGAGCCUGGGAACUUGGUUUAAUGAAUACACAUAUUCCAGAAAAUUGUGGAGGCCUUGGACUUGGAUCUUUUGAUAACUGUUUAAUUGCAGAAGAAUUGGCAUAUGGAUGUACAGGAAUUCAGACUGCUCUUGAAGCAAAUUCUUUAGGGCAAAUGCCUGUUAUUAUUGCUGGAAAUGCUCAACAACAAAAGAAGUAUUUGGGGAGAAUGACUGAAGAGCCAUUAAUGUGUGCCUACUGUGUAACAGAACCUGGAGCAGGCUCUGAUGUAGCCAGUAUAAAGACCAAAGCAGAAAAGAAAGGAGAUGAGUAUAUUAUUAAUGGUCAGAAGAUGUGGAUAACCAAUGGAGGAAAAGCUAAUUGGUAUUUUUUAUUGGCUCGUUCUGCGCCGGAUCCUAAGACUCCUGCCAGUAAAGCCUUUACUGGAUUUAUUGUGGAAGCAGACACCCCAGGAAUACAGAUUGGAAGAAAGGAAUUAAAUAUGGGCCAGCGAUGCUCAGAUACAAGAGGAAUUACCUUUGAAGAUGUGAAAGUGCCUAAAGAAAAUGUUUUAAUUGGUGAGGGGGCUGGUUUCAAAAUUGCAAUGGGAACUUUUGAUAAAACCAGACCUCCAGUCGCAGCUGGUGCCGUGGGACUAGCACAGAGAGCUUUGGAUGAAGCUACCAAGUAUGCCCUGGAGCGGAAGACUUUUGGAAAGGCCCUUGUUGAGCACCAAGCAGUAUCAUUUUUGCUGGCUGAAAUGGCAAUGAAAGUUGAACUAUCUAGAUUAAGUUACCAAAGAGCUGCUUGGGAGAUUGAUGCCGGUCGCUCAAAUACCUAUUAUGCCUCUAUUGCAAAGGCAUUUGCUUCAGAUACUGCAAAUCAGGUAGCUACUGAUGCUGUGCAGAUUUUUGGAGGUGCUGGAUUUAAUUCAGAAUAUCCUGUGGAAAAACUAAUGAGGGAUGCCAAGAUCUAUCAGAUUUAUGAAGGUACAGCACAAAUUCAAAGGCUUAUUAUAGCUCGUGAACACAUUGGCAAGUAUAAAAAUUAACAGGAUCACUAUAGAGCCCUGGGUGAUGUGGCUCAGCUGAUGGGAGCUUUGUUCAGUACACCGAAAGGUCCUGGGUUCGAUCCCUGAUUGAGGCAUGUUCAGAAGCAACUGAUCAAUGUCUCUGUCUCUCUUCUCCUUCCUCUCUAAGUAAAAAAAAUUCUCCUUCAAAAAAAAUUGCUUGGGGAAAAAUGACUAUAGAAACAUGAUUAAUAGACUAUAACCCACUGUUUAAGCUACAGAAACAAGAAAGGGCUUCAAAUUUUUCCCAGUGAAAAUCUUAAAAUAAGUGCUCUUAAGUAAACAUGUGCAACUGAUUCUAAUAGUAAUUUUACCUUUGUUUAACUUUAUGACUUGCCUUUCCUCAAAUAGAUUUGGUUUCAUUAAAAUUAUGUGUUGUUCUUAGUACCACUGUACUUGAAUUAUAUUAACCUUGAGAAAUACACUUGUUUUGUUAUUUUGACCUUUUAAAAUUAAAAUAGCAGAAGUCAAUAUUUUCCCAAUGACAGAAACAUGGGCUGAUAAAAGUAUCGAGGAUAUUUUAAAAUUUACAUUGAGAAAACAUUGUAGGAUGUGGAUGCCAUCAAAUAACUUGCCAGUGACUUUCUAGACUUAAUGAUAUUGUAGUAGAGUAGUUCAUUUUGCUGCAAUUUGGAAAGUAUUUGUUUUCAGUUUGUACAGUAAUAGUAAAAAAUUCAGUGCUUAUAUUGUCUCAUUAUACAGGAACCAGAAAUUACUUGAAAAUCUGUUUAAUUCUGAGCCCACAGUUCACUUACCUUAUUUGUAAUCAAUCAAUAAAAUUUGCUUUAAAUUA